AUGAUGUUUGUUUUUUUCGUUUUCGUUGUUUUAACUUGCGCUUUGGGAUUGAUUUGUGUCGCAUCACUUAUUCAACAACGUGAUCUACAGCUUCAGCGAUUAGCAUUACGUAGUUUACAUGGAAAUGAACAUGAUAGUGUGAAUCAGCGAGUUGAUUCGAUAGAUAAAGUGAAGUAUCGAUCAAAAGCUCAAUCAGAUUUUGAAAAUUUUGAGUGUGUCGGAUGGAAAGCUCAGCGAAAUUGUUCUUCGGAUGGAGGACCUGAUCCAAUGAAUGACAGAGCCUGCAACGCAACGGUUUACAAUUCAGAGAGCGGUUUUUGUGAGAUUCGAGACAAAAUCACUGGAGAAUUACAUCAAGUGAUGAAGAUGCACUGCAACUCAUUGCGUUCUGAUGUGAUGUUUCGAUGCGAUGAAUUUGCAACUUUUUUAUCUUACGGACGAAUAGCAAUUGAGUAUGUGCAUGAUACAACGUUUUCGAUGAAAAAGUGUCGAAAGCAAUUGGUGGAAGAUCAAACAUGCAAUUCAAACGAUACGAUAAAAACAAAUCUCGAAGUGCACAAUGCGAACAGAAGUGAUUACCUUCCAGGGAUGGCAUACGAAAGGGGAAUAGUAGUUGUUGUUUAUGAAAAUGUACUUUUAAGCGUUUACGCUUUGGUGCGAUCCUUACGAUCUUUAGGCUGCACAUUGCCAGUUGAAUUGUGGUAUAAACGCUCCGAGACGGACCCUAUGAACCCACUGCUUCGAGAUCUUACGUCAAGAUAUGGUGCCUAUAUCCGCGAGAUUCGUGACCCGAGAGCAGCCACAUACUAUACCAAGACAUAUGCCGUGUUUUACAGCGCAUUUGACCAAGUGCUGCUUCUUGAUGCUGACAACUUUGCUGUUCGAAAUCCAACGUAUCUCUUUGAUACAUCCGAAUUUCAAACGACUGGCGCUAUUUUUUGGCCAGACUUUUGGCAUUUUAAAAAGACGAUCUUUAAUAUUCAGCCCACUAGUUUUGUAUGGGAAGUCUUUGAUUUACAGCCAGUGGAUAUGUUUGAGCAAGAAUCUGGUCAAGUUUUAAUUGACCGGAAGAAACAUGUCAAAGCACUUAAUGUCUUGAUGUAUUAUGCGUUUCAUCCUCACGUUUUUGAACGCCUUCGACUCGUAUGGGGAGACAAGGAUCUAUUUCGAUUUGCUUGGCUUAAAACAGCAAGUUCUUUUCACAUGAUCGAGACACCACCCGGUGCUGCAGGUGUUAAACUUCCAGAUCAGAACAUUUUUUGCGGUGUUACGAUGGUGCAACAUGAUCCGAAGCGUGGGAUUGUAUUCUUGCAUCGUAACCAACAGAAACUUUCGAGCAAUAGUCGUGACAAGGUUUGGGCUCACAUUCAAGAGUUUCGUGUGGAUGAAGUGAAUUUAGAAGAAUAUGAUAUUCGGGGUGCUAACGGUGGUCGGUGUUUCCCAAAUUUUAAGCGCUGUUUUGGUAAAGAUAUGGAUUAUGAAAAAGCUUUCACAGUUCAAGCCAUUGACAAAUUGCCGUUCGCUAAUCUUGAGCAGCAACUAUUGAAUUUUGUGCAUGAAGCGAUGUCACUAUAG